AUGGACGAGCUUCAGUUGAUGGUCCGGUCUCUCCCACAGCCUCCUGGGAGCCGUGAUGCUCUGACCCGGCUCAGGACGUCCCGCCCGGAGCUGGACCUGCAUCUGUGUAAACAAACCAUGGUGCGCGUGGUUUGGAUGUGCGUAAUUGCGCUCGGCUUGGAUGUGGUCGCGGGGAGCAGGGACUGUCCGGACGUGGUGGUGGAGAGCUGUCAGUGUGACGUGGAGAGGUCCAAGGAGCUGAGCAGACAGCCGCCUCAGCGCGUCAAGGUGGUGUGUGCCGAGGCGGAGCUCAUGGACACGCUGCACCCGAGCUUUCUGCCCAACCGGACCGUCCUGCUGUGA